UUAUGGUAUUUUAGCCUGUUUUUGAAUCCUAACCUCAAAGUUUUGUGUGCAAACGUUGAAAAUCGUAAGCCACAUAAUUUGUUAAAACUUAAAAUGUCGUAUCUUUCUCGGCGAGAAGUGGAGGACUUGAAACCCUCUAUAGACAAAGCCGUUUACAAAUUACUCGGAAGCAGUGAUAGCUCUCUGGUCAGUACCGCAGUUCAUUGUUUAAAUUCAGGGUAUGAUAGACGCAAAACUACUGACAAACUUUCGUCUUAUGUUGAUAGCAAAAAGGCAACAAGACUAGCUGAAAAAAUAUUUGAUUUAGUUGAAGACUAUCAUGCUUUGCAUCGGUCGAAAAAACGAUCGCGUGAUGAUUCCAGAGAAAGAGACUCAAGGCGGUCUAAAUCGCGCUACGAUGAUAGAGACAGUAGACACGACUCUGAAAGAAACAAAUCAAAGUCAAGCGAAAUCAUGGAAAGCGCGCAGAAACAAAUCGAAGAACGAAAAAGGGCCCUUGAUGGGGCACUUUCGAAGAAUAGCGUCACUAAUAUCAAUAUACCCCAAGCCAGCAUUUACGGUAUACCAAUGGGUCUUCUAAACAGAGGCGAUGCUGAUAAAGCCCGCAAAAUAGCACAACUGCAAGCCCAGAUUAAGAGCAAAUUGUCCAGUGGGAUUCUAACAAACGCUAUACAAAUACCAGUGGUCCCCAAUAAGCCUACGCCUUUAAUUCUUGACGACGAGGGGAGGACCAUCGACAAGACAGGAAAAGCGGUACAAUUGACUCAUGUUGUUCCUACUCUUAAAGCCAACAUUAGAGCACAAAAACGAGAACAGUUCAGAACUCAGUUGAGUGAUAAAACGGACGACAGUAAUGAAACGAGAUUUUAUGAUGGGAGAAUAGGAGUAAAACCACCAAUUAGAAACAAAAGACAGCUUAGAUUCCACGAACCAGGCAAAUUUUUACAACAGGCGGAACGUCUUCGUAUGAAAGCCCAAUUAGAAAAACUACAAAAUGAAAUCUCCCAAAUUGCGAAAAAGACCGGUAUUUCAUCGGCAACUAAAUUGGCUCUCAUCGCGAAAUCUGAAGGAGUCAUUGAGGAAAUCCCGCAAAUGGAAUGGUGGGACUCCGUUAUUUUGAUAGAUAAUUUAGAUUUAAUGCUCAAUGGAAAAAUCGCAAUAAAGGAAUCUGUUAUUAAUACUUUGGUUGAGCAUCCAACGCAGCUGAGGUGUCCAACUGACCCCAUUAAGCCGGUUUAUAUGCCAGUAUUCCUAACAAAAAAAGAACGCAAAAAGCUUCGCCGUCAAAACCGCCGCGAGAUGUGGAAAGAAGAGCAAGAAAAAAUCCGUUUGGGUUUAGAACCACCACCUGAACCCAAACUGCGAAUUUCAAACUUGAUGCGAGCUUUAGGAACUGAAGCAGUUCAAGACCCUACUAAAAUCGAAGCUCACGUCAGAGAACAAAUGGCUAAAAGACAAAAAGCCCAUGAAGACGCCAACGCUGCGAGGAAAUUAACCAGCGAGCAGAAACGUGACAAGAAAAUCAAAAAAAUUAAAGAAGACACCUCGUUGGGAGUGUUCGUUGCAAUUUACAGAAUCAGAGAUCUGCACGAAUUGCCAUCAAAAAAAUUUAAAGUUGAGACCAACGCAAAACAGUUGUUUAUGACUGGUUGUGUGGUUUUGUAUCCCGACUGUUGUGUUGUGGUGGUCGAAGGAGGGCCUAAACAGCAGAAGAAGUAUAAAAGAUUAAUGUUACAUAGAAUCAAAUGGGAGGAGGAUAUUGUCAAGGAUCCGGACGGGAAUGAAGUCCCCAAUAAAUGUGUUUUGGUUUGGGAAGGGACUAGCAAACAGCGAAAUUUUGGAGAGGUUAAAUUUAAGAUUUGUCCAACUGAAAGGUUGGCUCGUGAGCACUUUAAAAAGCAUAAAGUUGAACAUUAUUGGGAUCUGGCGUACAGUGGGGCGGUUUUAGAGCAAGCUUGCGAUGUAGUUUCAUAGUAAAUAAGGUAAAAGUAUUUAAAUGCGACUAUAAUGAACCAAUCAAUUACUGUAUAUAUUUGAGUAAUGAUCGUUUAUUGAAAUAAAUUGAUUGAAUAUGUAUCAAUAAUUUGUAUAUUUUCUGA